GUACGUAACAAGCUGUUCACUUCCGGUGUAGUCCUCGGGCAGUGAAGUGACUAGAAGACCACAAUGGUGCUGAACCCGGUCAUCUCCAAGCUGGCCGGUAAACUGGUUGUGCUGGCGAGCUCAUCUCCGCGACGGCUGGAGAUCCUCCGUAAUGCUGGCAUGUGCUUCGAAGUGGUGCCAUCCCGUUUCAAAGAAACACUUGACAAGCGACUUUUCAAAGCGCCGCAAGAGUAUGCUGUGGAGACGGCCAAGCAGAAGGCUCUGGAGGUGGCGAGGAGGAUGCCCUGUGACCACCGAAAGACGCCAGACAUUGUGAUUGGAGCUGACACCAUCGUGACUGUAGAUGGAAUGAUACUGGAGAAGCCACGAGACAAGCAAGAUGCAUACAGGAUGCUGUCAAGUUUGAGUGGUAAAGAGCACAGUGUCUUCACAGGGGUCGCUGUUGUCCUCUACCAUGAGAAAGAAAAUGAGGAGGUGGAUUACCAGAUAGUAGACUUCUAUGAAGAAACAAAGGUAAAGUUUGCUGACCUCUCCGAGGACAUGCUGUGGGAGUACAUCGACAGCGGUGAACCCAUGGACAAGGCAGGCGGCUAUGGCAUCCAGGCUCUAGGCGGCAUGUUGGUGGAGUACGUGCAUGGAGACUUCCUUAACGUUGUGGGCUUCCCCCUCAACCACUUCUGCAAACAGCUGGAUAUCAUUUACAACCGCUCUCCCUCUUCCUCCGAUGCACAACACGGUUCUUGCCGUGGUGAUGCUACCCCCUGUCCAGUAUCAUCUACUCUACUUCGUCCAUCAACCACUCACACAGCACAGCCUUCAUGCAACAAGUCUGGGCAUGCAGCGGUCAGACACGCUGAGGAAACACCACCAUUGACCACCAGCAGGGGGCAGUUAAUCAAUGAGAUCCAGGGGAGAGAGUUUGAGGACAGUGAAGAAGCCAGAAAGGACUUGCAAAGAAUCAUUCCACUGAUUGAUGGAUUCAAAGCCUCAAAGGCGCUGUUUACCGCCUCCAAGUUUGGCAUGUUUGACCUGCUCCACCGCAGGCCGGCUCUGGACGCAGCUCAGGUGGCCCACGAGCUGAAAACCUCCAUAAAGGGAACGGAGCGUCUGUUGGAAGCAUGUGUCUCACUAAAUUUGCUAAAGACUCAAAACUCUGAGGCGCCUGUGUAUGAGAACACAGACCUGGCCAAACGCUUUCUGCUGUCCGACGCUCCGUGGUCGCUGCUGGGCCACAUUGCGCACUAUAACGACACCGUGUGGCCACUCUUCAAUCACCUGGACAGUGCGGUGCAGGAAGGCAACCACCAGCACCACAAGGUCUUCGGAAAGAAAUCUGGUGACUUAUUUCAGGACACCAUCUACAGCAGCCAAGAGAUCCAACUGAGGUUCAUGAAGGCCAUGCACAGCAUCACUAAAGUGACUGGCAGAGCGGUGGCCACAGCCUUCGACUUGUCCGCUUUUAAGACCGCCUGUGACCUCGGAGGCUGUACAGGUACCAUGGCAUCUGAGUUCACCAGGGCUCACCCUGGGAUGCGUGUGACAGUGUUUGACUUGCCGACUGUUAUCCAAAUGAGUCAACAUUUCCAUCCGCUGUGCGCUGAAGACAGGGUCACGUUUGUGGCAGGAGACUUCUUCAAAGAUGCUUUACCCAAAGCGGACUUGUACAUUCUUGCUAGAAUUCUCCACGACUGGUCUGAUGAGAAAGUUCACGCACUGCUUGGCAGAAUCGCAGAUGCGUGCACGCCAGACGCAGUGGUGCUGUGAGGAUUACAUUUUAGGACUUCUCCAGCCCCUUUAACACCAUCCAGCCUCAGCUCCUCAGGGACAAACUGACACGGAUGGGAGUAGGAUAUCACCUGGUGGCAUGGAUCACAGCCCACCUGACCGGCAGACCUCCGUACGUACGACUGGGGAACUACAGGUCCGACACUGACCAGCAGCACGGGACACUGCAGGGAACUGCGCUCUCACCUGUUCUCUUUACCCGUACACAUCCGACGUUCAGUACUACUCUGAGCUCUGCCAUGUACAGACGUUCAUGGACGGAACAGGAUAAACAGGACCCACCCAGAACCUGUUCUCACGAAAGGUGCCCGUGUGGCGGUGGUUCACACCUAUAAGUACGUGGGAAUGCAUCUGGAUGAUAAACUGGACUGGACUGCCAACACAGAUGCUUUGUGCAGGAAAGGGCAGAGCCGUCUGUACUUCUUCAGAAGGCUGGCGUCCUUCAGCAUAUGUAAGAAGCUGCUACAGAUCCAGCAGACUGUGGUAGCGAGUGCCCUCCCGUAUGCAGUAGUGUGCUGGGGGGCAACGUCAAGAAGAAGGAUGCCACACGCCUGGACAAACUGGUGAGGAAGACAGGCUCUGUCAUUGGCACUGAGCUUGACAUCCUGACUUCUGUGGCAGAGCAAAGGACACUGAGGAGGCUCCUUUCCAUCAUGGACAACCAGCAUCAUCGAUGCACAGCAUCAUCUCCUGAGAGAAAAGUAGUUUCAAUGGCAGAUUACUAUCACUGUUCUGCUCCUCUGAAAGACUGAGAUCAUUACUCCCCUAUGCCAUGACAUGCUACCCUGGCUUUUCAACACUACAGAGAGGUUUAAGUUUAUUAUGACAACCUACCUACCAACCUACCUACCUACCUGCCUCCUUCUCUGUCAUGUCUCAUACCCAUGUCAAUACUUUUGCUACAAUGCAUUGUAUGUUCCCUUUAAAAAAAAAAAAAAAGACAGGUAAAGAGGUCAAGUAUGGUCCAGGUCUCCAUGUUUGUGUCCAAGCAUGUACAGUACGUCCAAGGUCGCCUAAUGCAAACCAUUCAAGUCAAUCACCAGAGACCAAAGACCAGCGUCAUUUAAGGAAAAUUGCUAAAACCUACCGUGGUAAUUUAAUGUAACGUGAUCUGGCGACAUCCGACUCGGGUCACACUGUACGUGUCGGACGAGGCCUCCGUCAUUUUGUCCGAGCAUAGUCCUGACAAGCGGCAGCUGCAAGUAAUCAUGGUUCUCUCGUUAAGUGCUUUGAUACUACAGUGACUGAUUUAAGGCCAUUUGCCGUCGCUCUGGCAAUUGUGCCAAAACGUUCCCAGAUGUUUGUAGUCCGCUCAACUUUUUUUGGGGUCUUGUGUUUGUGUUUGCCGCUCGUGGGACAGCCAGUAAAAACAUCCACAGUGUUGUUAAGUAACGCUUAACAAAAGCUGUUUGAAAAGUUGCGGUCUCGAGUUGGUUUGUGACCACCAGAGGGCGACAUGGAGUAGCUACAUGCUGGAGUGUUUUGCUUUCAAAAGCAAAGGGGGGCAGUUAUACUACAUGUUAUAUUGUAAAAUCUAAAAAAAAAAAAAAAUCAAUUAAAUAGAAUGGUUUAUUAGUAUAAUUUUUUUCUUAAAAUACCUUAUAUUGAAAAUGUAGAAAUACCCUUAACAGAUACCUCUCUGUUGCAGUUGUGCAGUUAAACACCCCUGGGCACUACAGUAGGAAAUAUGAAAGUUAUUAUAAUACACUUUUAAAUAAAUGAUGGUUACUUAUAAGUUAUAUAAAUUAUAAAUUAGAAAUUGUUUAAAAAAAAUACUAAAUUUAAUGAUAUUAUACUUUGAACACAUUUUUUGCAUUUCACUCUUAAUUAGGUGCACCUACAAGAUUAUUAUUUUUAUUUUUUUUUUCAAAUUAAGGCGUCCCCUUACCCUAUAAAAUACGCCGUAUACUCUCUGCAGUUGAGUGAAGAAACACGCCUGUAGUAUAUGGGGAACCGCACGAGGAAGCCGUUAGUAUUGAGAGGUUUAUUGUCACAUGUGUCCACUAGGGGGCAACAUCGGCUAACAAAAAUCAUGUUUACAGGUGCACUGGUUGCGGCACAAACAAGUCAAGUUACGUUUUGCAAAUAUUUCUUUAACAUCGCACAGAAAGUGACCUUGGCAAAAUAUAUCAAUAAAUAAAGGAUGCAUGCACUUUUUGAUGGUACCAGUCAAGUUUUUGUGUGUUGUUUUUUGGAAGGGUGGAAGUGGUUGUCCCACGUCUCAUAUCAGCAGACGUGUAAUUAUUCAAAGUGCUUCAUUUGUUUCAAGGCAGGGAAAAAAAGAGUAAAAAAUAACCUGAGGGCUUUUGUAGUGGUGAGAAAUAAUGCAAUCUUUUCUCUGCUCUGUGCUGUUUGCUUGGCUUUGACAUCGGUGGGAGAACAUCGGGGGGCUUUAAUAUAUUUUCUAACACAUUAGUCCUCUCAUUCUUUAGUUUCGCCUUUUCUUUCCAGGCAUGCUAAGCUAAAGCUAACCAAACAAU